AUGCAGUCGCAGACGCAGAUGACGAGGAUCGCCAUGUGCGUCGUCGGCGUCGUCGGUUCUCUCAUCGUCUACGGCAUCUUGCAAGAACGGAUCAUGACGAGACCGUACGGGGUCGAGAGCGAAUACUUCAAAUACAGCGUCUUCUUAGUGCUGAGUAACCGCGUGCUGAGCGCGUCGCUCGCGGCGGCGAUCCUGGCGUACACGAAAGGGAUGGUGCAACCGGCGGCGCCGAUUUGGAAGUAUGCGGGGGUGAGCGCGAGCAACGUGCUGGCGACGACGUGCCAAUACGAAGCGCUGCGAUACGUGUCGUUCCCGGUGCAAACGCUCGGAAAGUGCGCGAAGAUGAUACCGGUGAUGAUUUGGGGAUAUUUCAUCAAUCAGCGACGGUAUACACUGAACGAUUACGUCAUAGCGUCGUGCGUCACGCUCGGUUGUACCAUUUUCGCGUUGUACGGCGAUUUGACGCACAAGCACAGCGCCAAGAGUUCGAACACCAGCGCGAAAGGAUUGAUGUUAAUGUUAGGCUAUCUCGGUUUCGACGGAUUCACGAGCACGUUUCAGGAUAAGCUGUUCAAAGGAUACCAAAUGGAGACGUACAAUCAAAUGUUGUACGUCAACGGAGUCAGCGCGUGCCUCUCCGUCGCCUGGCUCUUAUCCGACGGCGCGAUUUGGCAGGCCCUGGAGUUCAUCGCCCGUCACCCCGCGGUGUUAUCCGAUAUCAUCACUCUGUCAUUGAGUUCGAUGUUCGGUCAGCUCUGCAUCCUGUACACCAUCAAAGAGUUCGGCGCGUUGCUCUUCGCCGCCAUCAUGACGACGCGACAGCUACUCAGCAUUCUUCUCAGCUGCGUGUUAUUCCUCCAUCCACUGACGUGGCAGCAAUGGUGUGGCACCGCCUUAGUUUUCUCCGCGCUCUACGCCCAGGCGUAUUUGAAGAACGCGCAGCCGCGUUAG